AUGCCCACCGAGAUUGGUAAACUUGGUUCCGCGGUAGCCGAUCUUGACAACGCCGUCUGGAUCUCGGGCGAAGCCGUACAGUCCGCCAUAUCUACCACGACGAAUGUCGAAUCUGGGGAGGCAUUCGCCAUUUUUAAUACAUUCCUUGAGAUACCAGAGGUCUCUGGCCUUACUGUAGAGGAGAUUGGCGAGAUUGUCAAGGGCUCGUGCUUCAAUGCUUACCAGACCAUACGACGGCAGCAAGUUAUCAAAGGACGAAAGUAUACCGAGGCGUCAAUGCUCGGCAAGACAAUCACCAAGUCUGUGGAAGGCGAUGAGGGGGCUGAGGCUUAA